AUGAAAAUCCGACCAAUUGAGAGCGAUCGUCAAACAGCUCCAGACCAUGACGAUCGAAUGAACACUUUAUCUGUUUUAGAAGGUUUAGAAAUUGACGAAUCAAAUGCACAUUUAAGAGGAGAUGAUACCUUUAAUGGCCCUGUUGGCAAUCGAAAAUGUACAGACACUCCUUUUCUUAUCGCUUUCGCAAUAGGAAAUGUCGUGCUGCUUGGGCUUUCAAUUUAUGGUAAUUUCUAAUUAGUCUUUAUUAUUGGUGAUCCUGAUCGACUUUAUCGAGGUUUUGAUUUUCGGGCUGAUGUCUGUGGAAUUGGAAAGUUAGAUGACCGAAGAUUUAUGUAUUGGCCAGAUCCAAGCAAUAUGGAUUGAAGCUUAUGCAUUCACGCAUGUCCUUACUAUUAUAUGAAAAAUUAUUACUGCAUUUAUGACGAUUAUAAUACCAGUGUAUAUUUAAAAGAAUGGGGGUGCUGAGACGCUUAUGAGUCUACUUCUUAUGGAUUUUAUUGCAUCCCUACAGCUAAGUCUGACAGAGAAAACGUUAUAGAUGAGCUUGGCAAGCCUAUGACACAAAUGAAAAUCGCAAGCGGCGAUUUAGUUUUGAGCUGGGAUUCUAUAUUACUUGGAGGAGUGCUAAGCAUAGUGAUGGGUUUUUUAUAUUUAUCCUUGUUUAGAAAAGCACAUGUUAUCAAGAAAAUUAUAAUUUUCAGCAUUUGCUUAUUGGCUGGGCUUAUUGGCUAUUUUAUCUAUUUAUGGGUAGAAGCAGCCAAUAAGAUACAUAAACUUUACUGUGAAUCAUAUGGGCCAGCCUCUCCUGAUUAUUGUGAAACCAGCAAUUAUAAUUUUUAUAUCGCCUUAGCUGCAUUAUCAGGAUUUUUUGGGUUACUGUACUUAUAUCAAAUAUAUUUAAAAUACCGAAAAUUCAAUGUAGGAAUAAAUAUGAUUGUUUUAACCUGCAAACCUUUGCAUAACAUUCGAGAACUUUUCUUUUUCCCUGCUAUGCAAAUUAUAGUAGGGCUUGGAAUCAUGAUGCUACUUGCUCUAGUUAUAUGCUGGACUUUCAGCACUGGGACUAUUGUGUAUUAUAAAAAUAAAAAUGUCCCAAAUGGUGAAGCAAAUAAAAUCGAAUUCAGGCAAGGUGAAGUAGCAAUUUUUGCAUACAAUGCACUUAUAUCUGCUUGGUGGCUCAGCUUUAUGGUUGAUGUCGGGUUUUUCGUUCUUGCUGGAGGAGUUUCUACUUGGUAUUAUUCAAGGCAAAAGGAUGCGCUUUAUGUAAGAUAUAUGUAGAUGCCAUUGUGAAAAUCUUUUAAAACUUGUUUAAGAUACCAUCUAGGAUCAAUUGCUUUUGGCUCUCUUGCAAGACCUUUUUCAGUUAUCCCUUGCUGGCUGAUACGCCCCUUUGACAAAAUGAAGCUUAAAGCAAAAGACCCAAUGCCGAAAAGUACGAAAUUUAUUACUGACUGUUGCUUCUGUAUUAAAUAUUACCACAAAUAUUUAAGAUUCUUAACAAAGUACUCUUACAUUUAUGUAAUAUUCAUAUAGCUCUCAAUUUUUGCAGACCCUUAUUUCCGCUCUUCAAAGCGUUCCUACUAUUUAAUGAGACGCAAUUACUUCAGAAUUGGGAAACCUGCUGCAAUUGGCAGUUUUAUAAUUUCUAUAGUCCAAUAUGUGAUCACCCUUUCUGGACUGUGCCUUACUAUGUCUCUAAUUCUCCUCCCAGACAAAACUGCAUCAGGCCAGCUUUCCAUAGAAAUUGUCUCAACUGCCGGCCCUGCUCUUUUCACUUUCCUUAUCUCCUGGUUUAUCGGUAAAUCAUUUGCAGGAGCCCUCGAUAUAAGCUUAAACACAGUUUUGCUUUCUGCUGCCAGCGACGAAGAAAUGUUUACCCGUGAGCAAAGAUUUGCUGAGAAAGAUCUGAUUGAUUUUAUGGAUGGGAUUGGAGAAGAGCAAAAUGAGUUUCAUAGGGAAGAAAAAAUGGGCGUGAGAAUGGAGGGUAGGAAGCUUGCAUGGUAUGAGGAAGAUGAAAAUAUUUUGAAUGAAGACCAAGUGUAUAAAAAGGGAGAUCUGCCUUCAAGAGAUCAUGAUGUAAGCGGAUUAAGAACUACUAUGAACAGCCCUGCUAGUAUUUUAUAUGUCCAAACUGCUUCGUCAACUGUGAGAAAUCCGGUAUUCAUGGAUGAAAUUGUAGAGGAGUCAGUUGAGGAAGAUCCAAAUCAUCAAUAUGUGAUAGGCAGACAAGCUAAAUAUGUAGGGUAA